CCGCUGCCGGCUCAGCCGUUGCCCAGGCCAGCGGCUCCCGAGCACUCGGAGUAAACCUGCCCACAGCUAGCGCUUAACGGAACGAAUGUUGUGGUUGAGGAAACCUGUGUAAUUUUUAUGUGUCGUAACAACCACGAGAUCUCUGGACAAACAUUAGACCAGCCCAAAGCCUUUAUGUGCUUCACGGAUCAGAUACUACAAAACAGCAGUAGCGUCAGCUAUGGAGAACAACACAGAAAAUACAGAGGAGGAGAAGCCGAUUGUAAGCAACGAGAACACAGACAAUAGCGCCAAAACAGCAACAGAAGAACAGCAGAUGGACUUCAGCACAGAAAUUAUAGGUGUCACUGAGAUGGAACAAUCACCUGAUAGUUCCCCUGACCUGAAUGCAGAGAACAUGCAGGAGAGUGAAAUUCCAGAUAUCGAAAGUUUACAGACAACAGAUAUUGAGGCUGGCUUUCCUCCAGAUUUUGACAAGUUCUGGAAAGUAGUAGAGGACAAUCCCCAGGAUUUCACAGGAUGGGUAUAUCUACUACAGUACGUAGAGCAGGAGAACCACUUACCAGCUGCCAGGAAAGCAUUUGACAGGUUUUUCACACAUUAUCCAUAUUGCUAUGGAUAUUGGAAAAAGUAUGCAGACCUUGAGAAGCGACAUGACAACGUUAAGCAGUCUGAUGAGGUUUAUCGCAGAGGGCAGACUAAGUGAUACAGGAAGUCUGUAUGUAUGUUAUGUAGCAGUAUCAUCAGACUAAUAUGUUUAAGAUGAGGGGCAAGCUAGUUACUGAAGUUACCGUAAGGACUUUUAGGAGAUGAUGGAGCCAUAUUCCCUAACAAUGAGUGGACAGUACAAUGUGGUACCAGGGUCAGAAGUUGUGACUUGAGAGUUUCAGGCUAGUCAUGAAAUGCUUUGUGCAGUAUUCUGUGGGGAACUGGAGCAGGAUCUCCGUAGAAUUUUUUGCAGUUCAAUUUCUUGGAGGUUUUCAAAGUAUGGCUAGAAUGUGUCUGACCUCACCUGUUGCUGGUUAGCUUAUCUAGACAUCUUACGUAUGGUCUGAGUGAGGACAAGAAUUCUUUUCUUUGCAGAGUUACCACGUAAUCUGGUUCAGUUUGGCUUUGAGGGAUCAGUUAAACAUACAUUUCUUUUGCAAAGAAAUGAUUCAUUUGUAUUAAGUAGGGUAAUUGAAUAAAUGUGAAUGUAAUUCUUUAUACGGAAUAAACAGUUCAGCUUGCAUAAGAAAGCUGUGUCAGUAUUUGGUGAGA